CAGUGCGUGGUCUAGGUCUAGAAAACUAGGCGGAGCUUGAAGUCCUCCAUGCUGUCCCCUGACAUGGAACAAACCCGAUUGUCACUUUGGACCUCAGUUGAACGGUAGCAGCAGUAGCGUGGACGACGUACCACAUGAAAGAAGACGAUAGCUGACAACAACCCGAACUGCAGACUGUUCAUCUCGCAGCUAUCUACCUGGAAACCCCACGUGGUUCUUGAAUAUUGCUGAGUGCGCAGCAAGUCCAUUCAGCGUUAUUUUGUAACGCGUCACUCGUCGUGGGUAUCCCCCUUGCCUGGGAACGCUGUUGUGAAGUGAUAGAGCAUAGACCAAAAGUUAAAACUCUUUGGGAAUCUUGGCUGCACACUAUGUACACAUUAACAAGAGGUCCAAGCAAACUUGUGACACAACGGAGAACAGGUCCCACACAGCAGAUCGAGGGGAAAUCAAGUGGCUCAAAACACAAACAGAACAACUGGUUUACAGCGAACUGCCCUGCCCCAAAGAUUGUUUUCCACCGACUAAACGGCCAGAGGAACCACAAGGCACCAGUGCCAAGAACUGUCUCCCUUGAAGGCUUUUCCGCAGCCCAUGAAGAAAAUGUUAAAUUUGUCCAUGAAGCGUGGAAGGAGGUGGAGCAGAACAUGGGUGAAGGUCAGAAGGUGGAGGACAGCAGAGCAGCAGUGCAAUACACAGAGAAGGCCCCCAGCACACUCACCAAGAACUUUGUGCCUAUCGACCUGGAGGAGUGGUGGGCCCAGCGCUUCCUGGCCAACAUUGGCAACCUGGCGUGAUGACGAGACGGAAGCAGAAGAGAGAGAUGGGGAGACGGCCACCGCGGCAGAGGAUGAGAGGUGGAGGUGAAAUAGCCCGGCCCUUAGGGGGGAAAAAAAAGCAGAGGCCCAGAGAUAUUGGGCCUGGCAGACACACCUGGAAGGGAGCUGGCUCUCGCACAGAAACUGGGGAAAGUGAAAAGCCAGAGUACCUGCACAAAAAGCCUCUGGACCGAGCUGUGACAUACAGUGGCCUUGGGACAUGCAGCCUCCACAUUCCGACACUUUGGAUGGCCAGUUGUUUGGAGUGUUUUUGUGGGAACGAUUUCAUUAUACGUUGACGCUCACCACCACUACUACCUUUAAUAUCCUCCUCUUUUUUUGUUUCUCUUUCAUGGUUUUCUUCUAUGCUCAGGACUUGACUCACUGCCCUAACCAGUUUGCUGUAGUGAAACAUGUUUGUUUGUUUUCAUAACCUGUCUCAAUGUGAAAGGAAACAGAAAAAAAGAAAAUUAAAAAUAUUGAUUAAAAAUAAUGUAUAAAUAU